GAGGCGGGAAAUGGCGCCCGGUAACACAACGGUGUGUCAUUUCAGAGACGGCCCUUGAGCAGAUACACCGAAAAAGUGGGAUCGGAUCGCGAAAACAACCAGAGCCGCAGUCGUGAUGGUCGAUCGGCGUUGAGUCGUAACCCCCGGACGCCGCGGAGCACCGUAAACCUUUCAUGUGACUGCUAAAACAAUGAGGCUGAGAAUGCGUAAGGCGUCUCAGCAACCGAACCCCAGCGUGGCGAGCCGCCUGUCCAGGACCAAGCGGAGGCACUCAGAAGUCGAAGAGGACACUCCUACUAGCGGAGGGCGGGGCUUGUUCUCCACCAUCAAGAAGUUCAUCAGAGGAAAUGCUGUUAAGGUGGAGAAGGAAAGCCCAGCUAAGAAGACACGCCUCCACUGCGAUGUGGACAACAACCUGAUCAGCUCUACGACCACCGACUCCCCGCGCAGGACUAUCGGCAGGAGAGGCUCCAUCAAUGGCCAGGCAACCAAUCAUGACAGGAGUAAGGAGAAGCCCAACGGCAGUCUGGAGGAGACAACGACGGCUGUGGAGCUGCCCACCAGUCCCCAGAGAACCACCCUCCUCGGGACCAUCUUCUCUCCUGUUUUCAACUUCUUCUCACCAGCUAAAAACGCCUCUUCUGACUCUCCAGACCAGUCGCUGGAGGCCGAGGAGAUCGUCAAGCAGCUGGAAAUAGAGCAAGCUGUGGAGAUGCCCACCAGCACGGCCAUAUCCACACCGGAACUGUGUGCCACCACUAACUUUUACGCCAGUGUACCACAGCUGCCACCUCUUCGGCCCCCCCACAUCCCAGAGGCUCCGCCCACAGCAGGGGAGGGGGAGCUUGCUGCUGAUGCGGACCUUCCACCUCUCACAGCUCCAGGCGCCGUUCCAGAAAUGUCCUAUGUGGACUGUCCUCCGACUGCAGUACCUCAAGAGGCGACAUAUGAGGAAGACUGGGAGGUCUUUGACCCGUAUUUCUUCAUCAAACACGUCCCUCCACUGACAGAAGAGCAGCUCACCCGUAAGCCAGCCUUACCACUGAAGACGCGCAGCACGCCGGAGUUCUCGCUGGUCCUAGACCUGGAUGAGACGUUGGUUCACUGCAGUCUAAAUGAACUGGAGGACGCAGCACUUACCUUUCCUGUUCUCUUUCAGGAUGUCAUUUACCAGGUGUAUGUGCGACUGAGGCCGUUCUUCAGAGAGUUUCUGGAACGCAUGUCUCAAAUCUACGAGAUCAUCCUUUUUACAGCCUCUAAAAAGGUGUAUGCAGACAAACUGCUCAACAUCUUGGAUCCUAAAAAGCAGCUAGUGAGACACCGGUUGUUUCGCGAGCAUUGUGUCUGUGUCCAGGGAAACUACAUCAAGGACCUCAACAUCUUAGGCAGAGACCUGUCAAAGACCAUCAUCAUUGACAAUUCACCACAAGCCUUCGCCUAUCAGUUGUCCAAUGGGAUUCCCAUAGAGAGCUGGUUCAUGGACAGGAAUGACAAUGAGCUGCUGAAGCUUGUGCCCUUCCUGGAGAAGUUGGUUGAGAUGGAUGAGGAUGUGCGUCCGCAUGUUCGGGAGCGGUUCCGGCUUCACGACCUGUUGCCCCCAGACUGAACCCGACCACAGACUCUCAGAACGGGACAACCUGAAAAGACUCAAACCCACAUGUGUGUAGAAAGCCCCCCUUUGGAUUACAAACUACAACAUUGCCAUUACUGAAGAAAAAAAAGAAAGAGUUAGCCCCC